AUGCAGAACCCAACACAUGACCUCGAGAUAGCAAAUCUGUCUGACUAUGCGGAAUUUUAUGAGGCCGACAAAACCGGAAUUCCGUCUACCCCGGUAGACUUUAACAACUUCCUCCGCUCUAUAUCAUGUAAUGUCGAUGAUUUAUAUGCCUCACCGGCUAUAGAGGAGGAGGAGGAGGAGGAAGAAGAAGAAGAAGAAGAAGAAGAGGAAGAAGAAGAAAGCCUUGGAAAUUUAGGUAUGCAGGAUUCAGAACCGUAG